AGCUGCUUCUUAACAGUGAGUUGUAUUAUACAGUAAACACUUUUCAGUUUUCACCACUUCUAAUAAACUCGUUAAACGCUUAAUCGGAAUUUCUUGAUAUUAGGUAGUAUCGGGUAGGUAAUGGUAAAUAGUUAUUGGAAAUCCCGUUGUUGAUGUUCAUUAAUGACUGUACUACUGUAGUGAUCACGGGCUGCUGUCACCUUUCAAUUUUUAUUGUUGAUCAACGAAUUGUUUUAAUUCAUUUGUUAUUCAUUGGAGUAAAUAUGGAUACUCAAAAAACAUUGGAUAGUUUCAUCAAAAGUAGAAAAAGGCCAACCAACGAAGAUGGUUUGCAUAAAAAGGAACUACUGAGCAAUACUUUUGGAAUAAAUAAACCAACUAGAAAAUUAUCAUUUGAUUCUGCCGUGCAGCAAACUGUUAAAAAGCAAAAGGUUGAUUCUGGUAUACAACAAGCAACUGACCAAAAUCUAAAUGCUUCUGCCGUUAAUAACAAUACAGUCGCUGAAAACAUUUUGGAGAAAAAAGAGACUGAAAAUAAAAAUGAAGACCGUUCAGAGAGAGCAACAACUCCAGAUCAAUCACCAUCAACUAAGGCCAAAUUACGUAAAGAAUUGGAUUUGGGCGAAUUUCGUAAAAUUGUUCGUCGUAAACACAACCUUAAGAAAUUACAAGAAAAGAUAAACUCAGUAGAACAAUCACAAAUUGAUCUUAACUCUGCAAAGUCUAAAGUAGAUGCUGCCAAAAGCCAUUAUUUAUCUUCGUUUAAAUCAGUUGAUCUCUUGGUUGAUACUAGUCCAGUAAAAGUUGGAUCAAGUCCAAUAAAACGAUCUCAACUUAAACCUACAGCCUUAUUCCUCACUCCAUCCCAAUCAAUGGUUAGUCCAAGGAAAGUAAUGAUGACCGCUCAGAUGACACAAGCCAAGGAAUAUGUUUCACCUAGAAAGUUAUUAGAUGAAGUAGGAUCUCUUUUGGCUAUGUCGCCGUCAAAAAGAUAUGCUGCAUUGGUUGAUUCUAAAGCAUUACCUUUGCCUUUGAAGUACCGUAUUUUGGAUGAAUUGUUCAAAGCUUUGGAAACUGUUUCAUCUAUGAUGUUUAGUAGAAAAGAAAAAAUAACUUUUAAUAAACUCAAACGUGGUGUUCAGCAAAUGACUAGAAAAAAUUUUACUGAGUUACAUUUGGCACAAAUUAAAACUGUUGUACCAGAUUUCUUUAAGUUUGCAUUAGUAAAAUCACCAAAAGAGAAAUCUAGUUUUGAAUUAGUGAUAACUCCAAAUUAUGGCUCGGUGAACGAAGAUAACAUAAACUUAAUUGAACUAACAACUCAGAGGAAAAGGGCAUUUUCUAAUGCACUACUUGACAUUGCAAAGGAGCACCAUGAAAAAUAUUUGAGUAAACUGAUUCCACCUAUUGUGAUUGACAAAAAUAAAAUAACCAGAUGGCAUCCUGAAUUUGAUGUUGAAACUGUGGAAGAUAUCAUUCCUUCAACAUUACCCAAAAUUGAAAUUAACAAACCAAAAAUAGUUACAGCAAAAGAUUUAUUGGACAAAUCUCAUGCAUUGUUUGUUUACAAUAAUCGUUUAAAUCGGACUCUUACAACAAUGAACAAUGAAAAUAAAAAUUUAACUGAAAAAAAAUUUCCUACAACAGAUGCAAAAAAUGCUUUAGAAGGAGCACUUAAAGGGAUUCCUAAAUCAUUUCUGUUAAAGAUUCAAGAAAAGCAAGCAGAAAAAGCUAAAGAAUUGAUGACACGGUCGGUGGGUCAAUUAGAUGAAGAUAGAAUGAUGAAUAGACUACCAGAUAUUGCAAGAAGGAUGCGUACCUAUUUUGUACAACUUCAAAGAAAUGUUAUGCCAUUCAAAAAAGUCAUCGGUCAAUUGAAGCAGAGUUAUCCAGAAGCCAUGACAGACCAGGAAUGGAAAGCUCACAUAAACCUUCUCCAAGAAAAAGUACCUCAUUGGAUUGUAUUAAAAAGCUUAGAAGGAAUUGAACACAUUCGAAUUGAUAAAAAAGUUGAAUUUGAAGAAACUGUAAUUAAAACAUUACAAAAAUAAUUUUGAUUUAACAGA